AUGGGCAGUCUCGCAUCAGAAGCUCCUUCAGACUGGGUGCUCUCAGAGGAACAGAAGGCUCACUUCCUCGAGCAUGGCUAUAUAAAAGUGCCCGCCUGCUUUACUCGAGAAGAAGCCGCUACCUUCAGCAAAAACCUAUGGCCUCGUCUCAGCAUGUCCCCGACUGACAAAUCCACCUGGACCGGUGGAGAACGCAUUAAUAUGCCAUGGCAUAACCACAUACCGGUUGAGGAGUUCGCACCCAAGGCAUGGAGUGCAAUGUGUCAGUUGCUUGGCGGAGAUGAGCGUAUCGCCGACGGCAUGUGGAGGAGUUGGAGCGAUGGAUUCAUUGUUAAUUUCGGGAAGGAGGAGUAUGCAGCCGAUGCGGCGAAGCGGGAGAGUGGCAAGGAUAGAGGAGAGGAGUUGAGGGAGCUGGAUAACUGGCAUAAUGAUGGGGAUUUUUUUGUGCAUUUUUUGGAUAGUCAGGAGCAAGGAUUAUUAGUUAUACCACUUUGGAGCGACAUUGAGCCAAGAGGAGGCGGAACGGCUCUCGCAUGUGAUGGCAUUAAAUAUAUCGCACAGCACUUGUACGAGCAUCCCGAAGGCGUAACACCUUGGAUGCGGUCGGUAGACGACCCUACACAUGAUAGCUACGAAGGCCGCGAUUUCUGGCAAUCUCUUGCUGCUGAUAAGUCAAAAGUCCGCGGCUCGAGUAUUGUCGAGGCCACCGGCCAAAUCGGAGACGUAUUUUUUCUGCACCCUCUCAUGUUGCACUCGGCAUCGAAGAAUGAGCUACGCAACCUGCGCAUUAUCACGAAUCCGCCUGUCUCGUUGAAGGAACCAUUUUGCUUUGACCGUGAGGAUCCUAGUCAUUAUAGUCUCGUGGAGCAGAAAACGCUGAGGGAUUUGGGCAAGCCCGAGGGAUUAAAGGGCUGGAAGAUUUCAAAGGAGCGGAGGGAGUGGAUUCCUGAGAGGGUAAAGAAUAUGGAUGCUAUGAAGAAGAAAGAGUUGGAGAGACUGAAUAGUGGUUCGUGA